ACGAUGAUCGUCGAGGUAGUGGUCGGGAUAAAAGGAAUCGAGAUCGUGGAAGAAGCGGUUAUAUUGAAGUACAGGAACAACCUGCAGAAGAUAGUCCCGAGAAAAGAUUGACAACUCUUUUGAUUAUUUUGGGUGACAAGAUGACACCAAAAGAAAUAACAACAAAUAUCGAAAAGGUUUCCAGUAUAUUAAAUAAUGAAUAUUCAAAACUUGAGAGUCACGUCCUGAAAACAAUAAAAAAUUGCUUCAUGGAAUUACCAAUGAAGGCUUAUAUUUAUGGUACCCUUGUUGGUCUUGUGAAUGUUACGCGAUCUGAAGUUGGGGCCAAGGUUGUGAAAAUGACUGCGCAGACUUUACAACAAUGUUUGAAUGAAGGAAAUUGGCGUGGUGCAAAAUUAUCUGUAAGAUUUUCAUUUGUUUGGAAUUCUAAUGUUAAAACAACCAUGUUAGAUAUUUAUGAUGAUUUAUUAACGGUUCUCGAUGAACAAAAUUUGAAGAUAUCUCGCGCAGACACAAUUAUUUAUAUUGUUUUGGCUUCAUUACCUUAUGUAGCAACUAGACUUCGAGAAAGGUGCCCUGAUGUACUAGAAAACAUGUUGGCAAAAACCGAACGGUAUUUCUAUACUCGAGAACGAACUAUACUGGAUAUAGAUGGAUCUGUCGUUCGAAAAUCUAUCCAACCUUAUGUUGGAUCCAAUGUACCAUAUGAACAACAUGAUAUGUUAGAGCUUUUAUGGACCCAAAUUCAAAAUUUGAAGCGUAAUGAUUGGGUG